CUCUGACAGCCAGCCCACGACCGACCACCGACCGACCACCGAAACCAUCACCACACCCAACGAUCAAGAUGGUUCGCUACGCCGCUCAAGAGAUCGCCCCCGCGAAGUCGGCCCGCGCGCGCGGUGCCUACCUCCGUGUGUCCUUCAAGAACACCCGUGAGACCGCCCAGGCCAUCAACGGCUGGAAGCUCCAGCGCGCCGUCACCUUCCUCGAGAACGUCUCCGAGAAGAAGGAGGCUGUCCCCUUCCGCCGCUACGCCGGCUCCAUCGGCCGCACCGCCCAGGGCAAGGCCUUCGGCGUCACCAAGGCCCGCUGGCCCGUCAAGUCCGCCGAGUUCCUCCUCGGCCUCCUCAAGAACGCCGAGUCCAACGCCGACGCCAAGGGCCUCGACACCGGCAACCUCGUCGUCAAGCACAUCCAGGUCAACCAGGCCCCCAAGCAACGGAGACGCACAUACCGUGCCCACGGUCGCAUUAACCCCUACAUGUCCAACCCCUGCCACAUCGAGCUCAUCCUCACCGAGGGCGAGGAGGUCGUCCAGAAGUCCGAGGCCGUCGCCGGUCGCGAGGACGUCCGCCUCAACUCCCGCCAGCGCGGUGCCCGCACCCGCCAGGCCAUCACCGCCGCAUAAACGAACCUCCCAACUCUUUAAUCUUUUAAGAAACGGAUCUUCGAUUUUUGUGGCGUGUGUGCGGUUCAUGACGUGAGCAAAAAGGGUCGGCGCGAAGUGUGGACAAACGCGGUACACCACAACAAAACCCCCCUAGGGAUAGAUUUGGUCUUUGGGUCGUGGAUGGAUUGCGUGGAUUCAAAAUACAAAAAAGAACUUUGCGGCUUUUCAUAUGCUGGUGUACAGGAAGGCUAUGGUCUCAUGGCAUUUAGGGAUUGGCAUGCGAAUUCACACGCGCAACGGUCUGCAUGGGCCACCAAUAAACAAACAUGCAACAAUGAUUCCCCCCAUGGUGGUCCCUUAGUUUACCAUGAUCGGCAUCGGCGUCAAACGGUUACGAGGAAAUGCAUUCAAUUUUGGCCUGCUUCUAUAUCAAAUCACCCCAAAAGAUGUUGCCCCUGUGAUGGGUAUGGAACACUACCCUGCCCGAAUGUCAGUGUAGUCGGCGAGGACCUCUGCUACUA